CACAGCUCGCUUCCGUGCUGCUGUCAGAGGCCAAAGUGAGGUUAUGUAAAAUGUUACCAAAAUGAUAGAUCAACAAAUUCUAGCAAAAUACAGAAAAGAUGUAGACCAAAUUCGAAAAAGUGCCAAAUCCUUGGGCCUAAACGACAAAGAAGUAAACGAGAUAUUCAAAGAAUCACUGCGAGACCUAAGGAACGAAAUACACGGCUCAAAUCAGACUAGUAAACAAAGGACCAAAGCUCAAAAAUGUAUCCGUACUUUUAUAUUUAUUUCUAUUUUAUAUAUGAUAUUUAUAACUUUUAUUUAUGUUUUACUGCGUGUUCAUCAACCUACUUACAGUAUUGUAUUGCGGAAUGUACAGGGCUUGACACACCCUGUAUUAAAGUUUGUUAGAAUGUUAGCUGUACCUGUUAUAAAACUGUUCCCAUCUUUAACUGAUUUAUAUGAGGAGAGCUGCCUGAUUGAAAAUCCUUACUUUUAUGUAUCUGAAAUGGAAUGUUGGCCAUGUGAAAAUGUCAAUACUGUGGUUGACAUCACUGAAAAUAAGGAGCUUUUCAAGUCUGGUGCUGGAACACCGUUUGUUGCCAAAGUAAUUAAAAAAAUAUUUCAGCAUGAUUGCAACAAAAGAGAAAGUUCAGACAGAUGUGCACUCAAAAUGACCAUUCGCAUUUUUUUUUAA